CUCCCUCCGCGCACACUGCGCGUGUGCGGCGGCCAUUCCUGCGCGCCAUGGCAGAGGGAGAUGCUAACCUGUUGCGCUACUUCCCGCUGCUGCUUCCUCGGAACCGGGAGAAAACUGUGUAUGAGGGAUUCAUUUCGGCUCAGGGAAGUGACUUCCACCUCCGAAUAGUGCUGCCUAAAGAUCUGCAACUGAAGAAGGCAAGAUUACUGUGUAGCUGGCAACUGAAAAAUAUACUUAAUGAAUACCGUCAAAUAGUCCAACAGAGAAUGAAGCAGUCUCCUGAUCUAGUGAGCUUUAUGAUGGAGUUGAAGAUGAUUUUGGAAGCUGCUUUAAAGCGUAGACGAGAGUUGUGUGUACAACCGCCUUCUCGAGGUUUCUGCACCGACCUUCUGAAUGAGAUAGGAGCUGUUGGUUGGGAUAAACUUGUGUGUGUGGAUACGUCCUUCAGUACCAUCAAGUUAAAAGCAGUGGAUGCUUCUGGUAGAAAGCAUGUGAUCACUGUCAAGUUGAAGGCAAAGUAUCCUGUAGAGCCACCAGAUUGUGUUGUAGACUUUCCUGUUCCAUUUUCUGUUUCCUGGACACCACAGAGCUCCUUGGUGGAUGUGCAUAGUCAGUUCUUGGCAGCAUUGGAAUCACUGAAGGUAUUCUGGGAUGUUAUGGAUGAAAUAGAUGAGAAGACAUGGGUGCUGGAACCAGAAAAACCUCCCCGGAGUGCAACAGCACGCAGGAUUGCAUUAGGGCAUAAUGUUUCCAUCAACAUAGAGGUAGACCCCAGGCAUCCUACCAUGCUUCCUGAGUUUUGCUUUCUUGGAGCUGACCAUGUGAUAAAACCCCUAGGAGUCAAGCUGAGUGAGAACAUACAUUUAUGGGAUCCAGAAAAUAGUCUGUUACAAAAUUUGAAAGAUGUUUUAGAAAUUGAUUUUCCAGCUCGUACUGUUUUGGAAGAAUCUGACUUUAGCAUGGACUGUGGAAUCUGUUACGCCCGUCAUCUUAAUGGUGCCAUUCCUGAUCAAGUAUGUGAUAAUCCCCAGUGUGGACAGCCUUUCCAUCAAAUAUGCUUAUAUGAGUGGCUGAGGGGGCUGAGCACCAGCAGACAGAGCUUCAACAUCCUCUUUGGUGAAUGUCCCUAUUGCAGUAAGCCGAUUACCUUGAGAAUGUCUGUGAGAAAACCCUGAAGAAAGAAUGAGACACACCUGUGAAGAGAAGGAAUCCUUAUAAAUUGUUUUAAAAAAAAUGAUUUAUUUGAUGAUUUCAGAGAAAAUACAAAGCGAGACAAACUAGUACCAACAGGCACAAUAUAGUGAGUCCAUAGUUAUACACAUCUGCCUUCAUGUCUUCACUCAGUGUCACUGGGAAAGCUGCAGGACAAAGUCUUGGAGGACUUCCCAAGUCUGUGACACCCACAUCACUGGUAGAAAUAUAUCUGUACUGAGCUGGAUACCUUGGCUUUCUGAUUGUAUCUCUACUGGUGGGAUCUGGAUAGGACUUACAAUACGAACCUUGGAAACUCAUAUAGCUGGGUGUCUGUUGAAGACUGUGCAUGUCACUCUGAAAAUCUGAAUACUCAUACAUAUUUCUUCUCCUUGAGUUUUCCUAUGAAAAAAAUAUAGUUUGUUAGAUUUGAGUUAUCCAGGCAUUUAUUGUGUACUCUGUAAUAGUGCUAAAUAAAACACAGCAAGCAAGUCUGGCA